AUGUCGACGACCACAGAGACGGAGCUUCGCACCGUCAUCAGGUUCCCUUCUGCUACCACAGAGAACAACAGUCCGGCACAGCUCCCCUUUGAUCGUGUCAACACCGAACAUAGCCACCAUGCCCACACCGAAGACUUUCCUGACCGCGAACCUCCCUCGACCAACGUCGCCACGGCCAUACCCGACGGCGGCUACGGCUGGGUAGUUGUUACAUGCUGUGCCGUUCUUACAUUCUGGUUCAACGGCAUCUCUGCUAGUUGGGGUGUUCUCCAGGCGGCGUUGCUCCGCUCCAACCUCGAAUCGACCUCGACCUCGACGAUAUCGUUCGUGGGCACAUUCGGCCUCGCAACCAUCGUGGCGUUCGGCCUUUUCGGGGUUCGUAUUAUGCGUCUGCUCGGCGCGCGCACCACAGCCUUUGCGGGUAUCGCACUUCUCGCCUGCGCCGAGAUUCUUUCCAGCUUCACCGUCUCCAACGUCGGCGGCCUCUUCGUCACGUCUGGCGCCCUCUUCGGAUCAGGAGCGUGCCUGUGUUACGCGCUCUCCAACACGCUGCCAACGCAGUACUUUGCCAACAGGCUCGGUCUGGCAUCGGGUCUGAUCAAGUUCGGUGGCGGCGUCGGCGCAGCAGUACUCAGUAUCGGCGUCGACGCGAUGAUAAGCCGUGUCGGGGUGGCGUGGACCUUUCGGAUCCUGGGCUUCUGUAUCCUUGCGACAGGCUGUCCGGCGGCAUGGUUCCUGCGCGAACGAGUCCCAAUCGGCCGCGGCGCGCCGUUCCUCGACCUUUCCCUGUUCAAAUACCUCCCUUUCACGGCCGUCUUCUGUGCAGGUGCAGUCGGGACCUUUGCACUGUUCGUCCCGCCGUUUUUCCUGCCUCUGGUCGCACAAACGAUAGGGCUCAGUUCUGCCACGGGCGCCGGGCUUGUGGCCGGGUUCAACGCGUGCACUGCGAUCGGGAGGCUCUUGUCGGGAUACGCGAGCGACAUCAUGGGUCCGGUGAACAUGUUUCUCUGCACGAUGCUCCUGAACGGCGUGAGCAUCUUGGCCAUCUGGCCGUUUUCCGACUCGAUCGCCCCACUGGUCAUCUUCGCCAUGGUCAACGGCCUCGCCAACGGGGCCUUUUUCACCUUGUACCCCGUCGUCGUCAUGAGUACGGCCAACGCACUGGACGGUCAGGCGGCGGCGGCGGUCGCCAUGAGUAUGAGCAUCACCGGGUGGACAGCCGGGUAUCUUCUCGGCGCGCCUAUUGCGGGAUAUCUGCUUCAAGCGGCUGGUGUGGGGAUUGGUGCGUUUUCAGGAAAUGAUGCCAAAGGUAGUGAUGGUGGAGGUGAUGGCAAGGGUAUUCCAACUUCGAUCGGUCCUUAUCGUCCGGCCAUCUUCUACGCUGGUGGUGUCGCUUUGGCUGCUGCUGGGUUCGUCCUUCUUGCUAGAUUGAAACUGGGUCAAGGUGUGAAGAAGAAGGUUUAG